AUGUCCAACCCAUCUCUCAUCGUCUUCGGCUCACAGACGACCUGGCCGACCGAAGACCAGUCCGCCCUCGUCCGAAAAUGUUUGCUCCUUGAGAAGAGCCUGUUUCCCUUAGUCCAGGCAAUCCGCGACCUCCCAUCACUGUGGAAGGCACUCGAAGAAACCGACCCCACCCUCAAGAAUGUGCCCGGCCCCCAGGCAGCGGCGGCGUUCAAGACAUGGCUCGAUCAGGGCAUUCUGUCACGACCAUCAGAAUCAACAUCGCUCCCCAACGCAUUUGCGACACCUUUGACAGUCAUUGUACACAUCUGCUUGUACUGUCAAUACUUGCAAGACAACGACGACGUAUCCCACGAGGGACUGCAGGAGAGCCUGAAGCAGGGCGGCGUUCAGGGGUUCUGCACGGGUCUUCUCUCGGCCAUUGUCGUCGCUAGCGCCAAGUCCCGGGAAGACAUUGGCAAGCUGGCAGCGACCGCACUCAGUCUUGCCUUCUGCAUCGGCUGCUAUGUUGACGCAGACGGCCAAGAAGACGAAACCAACAGUGGCUACUCGUGCCUGGUCGCCCGAUGGAGAUCUACUGGCGAGAGGGACGCCUGCGAAAAGAUUGUCGAAUCAUUCCCUCAGGCGUACACGUCGGUCAUCUACGACCACAACAAUGUCACAGUCACCAUUCCUCAAUCCAAGGAGGCGGAGUUACUUUCGAAGUUGAGCGAGGGCGGCAUCAUGUCGCGGAAAAUUGAGCUGCAGGGCCGUUUCCACUCCCAUGCUCUGAUCAAGAAGGCCGAGAAGCUUCGUGCCCUUGUCAAAAGAGACUCUCAACUGCAGCUUCCCAACGCCGAUGCUCUCAUUCUUCCAGUCCGCACGAACUGUGACGGCAGGAUCAUCUACGAAGGAAGCACAUCAUUGAUUGCCAUUCGGUCUCUGCUGCUGGAACUGGCCGACUGGCAUCAGACCAUCACAGCCGCGUCUGCGAGCCUUUCGGAUGAUGAGCCCAAGCACAUCUUGUCCAUUGGAUUGUCGGAGGCAGUCCCAACAUCAGUCUCCCGACAGCCUGAUAUCACGGUGUCUCGUCUCGACGCCGCGGGUUCAGCGGAGAAGACUUCGUACUGUCGCCCUACAGAAGGGAUAAGUGCUGAUGCGAUUGCCAUCGUCGGUAUGUCAGCCAAGUACGCGGGCGCGGACUCGAUUCAUGACUUCUGGGAUGUGGUCAAGGAGGGCCGCUCGAUGGUCGAAACGCUGCCCAACUCACGAUGGCCAAGAACGGGCCUGCGUCGAACAGCCGAUGGGGCAUCGUGGUGGGGAAACUUUGUGCAUGAUGUUGACAUGUUCGACCACAAGUUCUUCAAGAAGUCUUCCCGCGAAGCUGCUGCAAUGGAUCCGCAACAAAGGCUGCUGCUUCAGGCCGCCUACCAGGCCGUCGAGGGAACAGGAUAUUUUGGAGCGCCGGUGCAGAUUGAGGAUGUCGGUUGCUAUGUCGGUGUUGCAACGCAGGACUACCACGACAGCAUCGCUGCACAUAAGCCAUCUGCCUUCUCAGCCCUGGGUGAGCUGCGAGCGUUCCUCAGUGGAAGGCUGAGCUACCACUUCGGCUGGACCGGUCCCAGCAUGACAUUCGACACGGCAUGCAGUGCGUCCAUGAUCGCGAUCGAUGCCGCCUGCAAGGCCAUUCAAGACGGACAUGUCACCGCGGCAUUGGCUGGAGGCGUCAAUGUCUUCAGCAGCCCGUAUUUGUGGGAGAAUCUCCGCGCUGCGAACUUCUUGAGCCCAACAGGAGCAACCAAGCCGUUCGAUGCCAAGGCUGAUGGCUACUGUCGUGGUGAAGGUGUCGGACUUAUCUUCCUGAAGAAGCUCACGACAGCCAUUGCCGACGGAGACCACGUUCUGUCUGUCAUUGGCGGCACAUCGGUAAACCAGUGCAAGAACGAGACAUACAUCACCGUUCCCCACGGCCCAUCCCAGACCAACUUGUACAAGGGCCUUCUGGAGCAGACUCGUGUCAAGCCAGAAGAGAUCAGCUUCGUUGAAGCACAUGGUACUGGCACUCAGGCCGGCGACCCUGUCGAAAUCUCCAGUAUCCGCAAUGUUCUUCAAGUGCCUCAACGACGCGAGACACUCCACGUCGGAUCGGUCAAGGGCAACGUGGGCCAUUGUGAGGCUGCUUCAGGUGUCGCCUCCGUCAUGAAGGCUGUCAUGAUGAUCCAGAACGGCAUCAUUCCUCCCCUCGCCAGCCAUACGUCGCUGAACCCCAAGAUCCCAGCGCUCGAGGCCUCGAAGAUGGCAAUCCCAAUGUGCUGCAUGCCCUGGAAGACGGGAUUUAAAGCUGUUCUAGUCAACAACUACGGUGCUGCGGGGAGCAAUGGUGCUGCCGUCAUUUACCAGCCACCGAACACGGGCUCCUCGCUCAAUACUGGCCACUCUUUGAACAAGGUGCCCUUCUUGAUCUCCGCCUACUCGGAGAACAGUCUCAAGGCCUACUGCAAUGUUCUUCGCAACUACGUCAGCAAGCUGGCAUCAGCCGACAGCAGUCACAACCAGCUGGCCGAUCUAGCCUUCAACAUUGCGGAUAAGCGCAAAGUGUUCACAGAGAACGCAUUUGCAACGACUGCAUCCACUCUGCCCGAGCUCGCCUCGACUUUGGCAUCAGUCUCUGGUAACUGUGCAGCAAAGCCCAAGCCCGUCGUGCUCACUUUUGGCGGUCAGACCAAGAGCUUCGUCGGUCUGGACAAGAAACUAUAUCAGGACGUCCCGCUUUUCCGUCGCCACUUGGACGAGGCCAAUAGCGUCAUGCGUGAGCAAGGCCUUGAUGGAAUCUACCCUGCUCUUUUCCAGACGGAACCGGUCGAGGACGUUGUCACCCUUCAUUGUCUGUUCUUUGCAGUGCAGUACGCCUCAGCCAAGACAUGGAUGGCCUCUGGGAUAAACGUCGACGGAAUCAUUGGACACAGCUUCGGUCAGCUGACUGGGCUAUGUGUGUCUGGCGUGCUCUCGAUCCAAGAUGCCGUCAAGGUGGUGGCAGGCCGCGCUGAACUCAUGCAAAAACACUGGGGCCCAGAGCGUGGAAGCAUGCUCUCGCUUAUGGCAGAUGGUGACACCACGACCAAGGUACUGAAGGCACUGGAAGGCGAAGGCCACCGUGCUGAAGUCGCCUGUUACAAUGGUCCUACUAGCCAUGUGCUUGUCGGAUCCAAGUCUGCCAUUGACGCGGCGGAGGAAAUCCUGAAGACUCAGACCGAAAAUCUAGGCAACGUUCGCUCGCGAAGGCUACAAGUCACCCAUGGAUUCCACUCUGAAUUCACCGAGCCACUCCUACCAGGCCUGCUUGAGGUGGCCAAAGGCCUGACGUUCAAUAAGCCAACGAUCCCAAUCGAGACGUGCUCCUCGGGCUCAGCGUGGGACAUCGCCACCCCGGAACGCAUCGUCGAGCACACUCGUACCGCCGUAUACUUUGGCGAGGCAGUGCAGCGUCUAGGCGAGAGACUCGGUGCUUGCACUUGGCUUGAGGCUGGUGGUGAUUCCGGUGUGACAUCCAUGGUGAAGGUAGUGUUUGGCAAAGAAAAUGCGGGUGCACAUACAUUCCAACCCAUUCAGAUGACCGGCGAGGCUGCCAUGGACGGUCUCGCUGACAGCACCGCAGCUUUGUGGAAAGUUGGCCACAAGUUCCGCUUCUGGGCGUUCGAUCGACCGCAGCGACGCAAGUUUGCGAAGCUGUCGUUGCCUCCAUACCAGUUUGAGAAGACGAGCCACUGGCUGAGCUGGGAAGAACCAUCCGCAGCGGCUUCCGUCGCUCCAAUCGUCCAGGGUGUCGACAAGUACGAACUGCUCAAGAUGUCCGAGAAGGGCAACAACGAGUCCAACUUCGCCAUCGAUCCUCGAAGCGAGGAGUUCAAGGCAUUCGUUCAAGGUCACGCUGUGCUUGACAGUCCAUUAUGCCCCGCUGACCUUUACCUGGAGAUUGUGAACCGUGCGGCUCUGGAGCUGAUACCGAGCAAGCAAGAGGUCCUGGUACCCAGUGUUGACGACUUGUCGAUGGUUGCUCCACUCGGUACUGAUCCCAAGAGGACAGUUAACUUGUCCAUGUCCAAACUCGGAUCUUCGCAGCGCGCGUGGCGCUUCCAGUUCACCAGCAAGGACUCGAACGGGAAGCAGACAACGCAUGCAUCAGGCGAGUUCCGUCUCACUCCUCCAGAUGAUCGCCACCUGAAGCACGAGAUAACCCGGUACGAGAGACUGAUUGAUGUGAACCGCGCCAAGGGAUUUCUGCAGGCCAAAGACUCCACCGGUCUUCAAGGGAACCUAGUAUACAGGCUGUUCAGCAGGGUCGUCAACUACGCCGAAGAGUAUCGCGGCAUCAAGUCGGUAUCAUCCAUGAGGGGAGAGACCGCUGCUGAAGUCUAUCUGCCGGCGAAUCCUCUCACUCAUGACUGUCUUUUGGAUCCAAUCGCGGUAGACAACUAUCUCCAGGUCGCCGGCAUCAAGACCAACCUUCUCGAGGACUGCCCACCAAACCAAGUUUAUAUCUGCGGGCAGAUUGGUCGUAUCCAAGCCACAGAGGAUUUCCGCUAUCGCGACACCAAGGCUGAUGUUCACUCGGUAGUUUAUGCCCAGACCCGUGUCACAGGACCCAAAGAUACUCUGAGCGACAUUUUCGUGUUCAGUAACACUGGAAAGCUGCAGGUCAUCAUCUUUGGCGUUCAGUUUACCGGCAUUCCGAUUGCUUCGCUUUCGAGGGCUAUAGGCGCAGUCAACGAGAGCAAUCCAAAUGCAAAGGCGAAGGACGCCCCGGCCGAGAAAACGGACAAGAAAGCACGCCCUCAGGUGCCGUCGACAGAAGAUGUGUCGAAAGGCCUCGCAAAGAAGUCGAAGCCGAAGUCUGACAGCGGAAGCAGCGCGACUGGUAGUACCGCUAGCGAAGAUGCCUUCCCUCAAUUAGCAAAGGUCCUCAGCAGCAUCACAGACGUACCGGCUGCUGAAAUUCAAAGAGGCGCUUCUCUGGACGAUUUGGGCAUUGACUCGCUCAUGACGGCUGAACUUAUCAGCACCAUCAAAGACCAGAUGAACGUCGAGCUGUCCUCGGCAGAGCUGCUCGAUGCAUCUAAUGCUGGCGCAAUAUCCCAACUGCUCACGCCAAGUGCGUCCGGGUCAAACACUACCGCUGGCAGUUCUGCAGACUCUGGGACCUCGACGCCAUCUCCUUACGCUUCUGACGCAUCCACGUCUAUCACCGCGCCUUCAGAAGCGUCGGAUGGCGAUGCUGGCAAGGACAAGAAGGAUGGGCUUUCCGACCUGGCCAAGCUGGUUGCAGAAUACACCGAGACGAACGAUGCAUUGUUGCCGGAGACUGACCUCGAGGAUCUUGGCCUUGAUUCACUGCUCAGUGUGGAGAUGGCACAGGCCAUUAGCAAGCGAUUUGGCACUGAAAUAAGCAGCAAGGAUUUCCUAGGUGGCUCCUUUGGAGAUCUGUGCAAGUUGGUGAUAAAUGAGAAGUCUGGAGGGCAGCAGGAGACAGCGUCCUCCGAGGGUGCCGAACAGCCUGCACCGUGCCAUGCUAAGGUCGAGCACCCCGUCGUCAGCGCUCCUGAGUUUCGGGACGCUGGUCCAACGGAGAGGCGCAAAGUUGGCGACCGUAUGAAGACCAUUUGUUUCAAAGAAGUGGACGGUGUUGAGCUUCUGGCUGAUGUGUACUUGCCCGAUCCCUCGGAAGUGACGGAGAGGAAGCGCCCAAUAGCGCUCAUGAUUCAUGGUGGCGGCCAUACCAUGCUCUCCCGCAAAGACAUUAGGCCACGCCAGACCCAGCUGCUGCUCAAGAACGGAUACCUUCCCGUCAGCAUUGAUUAUCGUCUUUGCCCUGAGAUCAACAUCAUCGAUGGUCCUAUGACUGAUGUACUAGAUGCGCUCCAGUGGGUACGUGAGGUCCUGCCCACGAUGGAUCUCGAAAGGCCAGACCUCCAACUUGAUGCUUCCAAAGUCUUCGCGAUCGGGUGGAGCACGGGAGGCACCUUGACACUGUCAUUGGGGUUCACCAGUCGAAAACGAGGCGUAGAACCUCCAACAGCUUCCCUCGCUUUCUACUGCCCGAGCAAUUACGAGGACAAGUUCUGGCAGGAGCCCAAUUUCCCCGAGAACUCCAAAGACGCCUUUCCAAGCACGUACGAUCUGCUUGAGGGAGUCCAGGAAAAGCCCAUCACGGCCUACAACGUGCCACCAUCGACAGGGUCUGCAGUGGGCGGAUGGUGCAAUAUGGAAGAUCCACGAAGCCGCAUUGUGUUGCACAUGAAUUGCAAGGGUCAAGCAUUGCCCAUUCUCCUCGGAGGGCUUCCACCUAAGAGCAAAGCUGACAAGGCUGUUGGGGAAUAUCUCGAUCUGCCGCAGCCGGAUGUCGAGAAACUCGUCUCCAUCUCACCGUGGAGUCAGAUCAUGCGCGGCAAUUACACGACGCCGACGUACUUGAUCCACAGUACGACAGACGACCUUGUGCCACUGGAGCAGAUGGAGGCAACGCACGAGGCGCUGCGUAGCAAGGGCAUUCCAACUGGCCUCAGCGUUGUCGAAGAUGUGCCGCAUUUGUUCGAUCUGUACCGGGAUAAGCCUGACAAGCGGUGUUGGAAGGCAGUCGUCGAGGGAUAUCGCUUCCUGCAUCAGUAUGCAUGA